UUCUACCUCUCAAUAAUAACUAUAUAUAUAUAAUAAACAAAGCUUCGCUCGAAUCCAGAAAAUCUACUAUUCAGAUUUCAGGACAGAGCAUUCCCAUUCCCAUUUCCAACUUCUUUUUUUUUUUUUUUUUAACCGGGAAUCCCGAUUCCGUCCUGCAAAGUUUAACAACAAAGAUCCGUUCUUUCUCUGCCACAAACAACAAAUUCCGUUUUCCCUAUAUCGAACGAUCCAUUCCCGAGAAUAAGGAGCGUUUGGCUUCGUUUCUGUUCGUUGAUGGUCAUCUAAAUCGUUUUCUGCAAGAAUUCUAUUCGUGAAAGAUGGUUGCCUUUGGGAAAAAGUUGAAGGAAAGACAAAUUGAAGAAUGGCGACGUUACUACAUCAAUUAUAAACUAAUGAAGAAAAGAGUAAAACAGUAUGCUCAACAAAUUGAAGUCGGUACACAAGAUCGCCGGAAUGUUCUCAAGGAUUUUUCAAGAAUGCUAGAUGAUCAGAUUGAGAAGAUUGUCCUUUUUCUGUUGGAACAACAAGGGAUACUAGCAAGCAGGAUAGCCAAGCUUGGAGAAAGGCAUUGUGCUCUACAGGAGCAGCCUGAUAUAUCUCAAAUAACUGAACUACGGGAAGCUUAUAGAACAGUUGGGCAAGACCUUUUGAAGCUUCUCUUUUUUGUCGAGAUGAAUGCUAUUGGCCUUCGUAAGAUACUGAAGAAGUUUGAUAAACGCUUUGGCUAUAGAUUCACUGAUUAUUAUGUCAAAACUCGGGCUAAUCACCCAUACUCACAGCUGCAGCAAGUAUUUAAGCAUGUGGGGAUAGGGGCUGUUGUGGGAGCCCUUUCACGAAAUCUUCAUGAACUCCAGGAUCGCCAGGGAAGCUACUUAUCUAUAUACGAUCAGCCUGUUCUUCCACUCCAGGAUCCUGUUGUUGAUUCAAUAAAUGCAGCUGUAGACCGGUUAACACAUUCAACAAACUUUCUUAAUUUCUUGGCUCAACAUGCACUCAUUAUGCAAGAAGAGCUGCCUACUAUUGAUGAACAUGUUGAUGAUCAGAGAUACCAUUUUAUGUCGCUUCUCUUGAACCUAGCAAACACAUUUCUCUACAUGGUCAAUACAUACAUUAUUGUCCCUACAGCAGAUGACUACUCCAUGAGCCUUGGAGCUGCAGCAACAGUUUGUGGUGUUGUGAUUGGAGCUAUGGCUGUUGCGCAGGUGUUUUCUUCAGUAUAUUUUAGUGCAUGGUCAAACAGAUCAUACUUCAAACCUCUUGUAUUCAGCAGUAUUGUUCUGUUCGUGGGAAACCUGAUGUAUGCACUAGCGUAUGAUCUUAAUUCAAUAUGGAUUCUUUUGAUUGGUCGUCUUUUCUGUGGAUUCGGUUCUGCUAGAGCAGUUAACCGGCGGUAUAUCAGUGACUGUGUGCCACUAAAAAUCCGCAUGCAGGCAUCAGCAGGUUUUGUUAGUGCCAGUGCACUAGGAAUGGCUUGUGGUCCAGCUCUUGCUGGCUUACUUCAAACUAAUUUCAAGAUUUACAAGCUUACAUUCAAUCAAGAUACUUUGCCUGGCUGGGUUAUGGCUGCUGCAUGGCUUUUAUAUUUAGUAUGGUUAUGGAUCUCAUUCAGAGAACCUGCUCUUGAAACUGUAAAUAAUCCCGUACCACAAACAUCUAAUACUGAAACAGUAGAAAACAAUGCGCUCGAGGAAGGUCUUAAACAACCGUUGCUUGUUAGUUCAGAAGACAAGCAAGAAGAUGAAGAUGCUGACCAAGAAUUUGAAGGAAGUGAAGAAUCUUCUGAGGAAUCUCGCGGACCAGCCACAUCAAUUCGAUCAGCAUAUAGAUUACUUACGCCAUCUGUGAAGGUUCAAUUGUUGAUAUAUUUCAUGCUCAAGUAUGCAAUGGAGGUUUUACUCUCGGAAUCUAGUGUCGUUACCACGUACUACUUUGGUUGGUCCACAAGCAGCGUGGCAAUAUUUCUAGCAUGUCUUGGGCUCACAGUUCUUCCAGUAAACAUUAUUGUUGGAAGCUACAUAAGCAACAUGUUUGAGGACAGGCAAAUGCUACUGGCAUCCGAAAUUAUGGUUUGCAUAGGCAUUCUUCUGAGCUUCCACAUAAUAAUACCGUACACUGUGGUACAGUAUGUCUCUUCAGGUCUUAUCAUGUUUGUCUCUGCCGAAGUACUUGAAGGUGUCAAUUUGUCACUUCUCUCUAGAGUCAUGACGUCUCGGCUUUCCCGCGGAACCUACAAUGGCGGGCUACUCUCGACGGAGGCUGGAACGCUGGCUCGAGUGGUUGCGGAUGGUACUAUAACUGCGGCCGGAUUUUUGGGACAGAGUAGGCUCUUGAAUGUCACUCUUCUUCCUUCCCUCCUCAUCUGCGUGGCCUCAAUUGUGGCCACUUGUUUUACCUACAACUCUCUUUAUUGAUUUUUUUUUUUUGGGGGUAUUGUAGUGCUAA